CUCCAUCGCUCCAUCUCUGCGCUGCUCUCCGGGCUGCGCCAUCCGCGCACCCAGAUUCGAGCGCUGGUUAGAGACCCCGAUUCCGGCUUCAGGGACCCUGUCCCAGGGAGAAGGCAGGCAUGUCAUCCGAAAAGUCAGGCCUUCCAGACUCAGUCCCUCACACUUCCCCUCCCCCCUACAAUGCCCCCCAGCCCCCAGCCGAACCCCCGGCCCCGCCUCCACAGGCUGCCCCUUCCUCGCACCAUCACCAUCACCACCACUAUCAUCAGUCCGGCACUGCCACCCUUCCGCGCUUAGGGGCCGGCGGCCUGGCCUCUUCCAGCGCCAGCGCUCAGCGCGGCCCCUCGUCCUCCGCCACUCUCCCGCGGCCCCCGCACCAUGCCCCACCAGGUCCGGCCGCCGGGGCGCCCCCACCCGGCUGUGCCACCUUGCCCCGCAUGCCACCCGACCCUUACCUGCAGGAGACUCGCUUCGAGGGCCCACUGCCCCCGCCCCCGCCCGCGGCAGCCGCGCCGCCCCCGCCGGCGCCUUCCCAGACAGCCCAGACCCCCGGCUUCGUGGUGCCCACGCACACGGGGGCGGUGGGCACGCUGCCGCUGGGGGGCUACGUGGCCCCAGGCUACCCACUACAGCUACAGCCCUGCACAGCCUACGUGCCGGUCUACCCUGUGGGCACGCCCUACGCGGGCGGGGCCCCGGGGGGAGCGGGGGUGACCUCCACGCUUCCCUCGCCGCCCCAGGGUCCAGGACUGGCCCUGCUGGAGCCAAGACGCCCGCCGCACGACUACAUGCCCAUUGCGGUGCUGACCACCAUCUGCUGCUUCUGGCCUACGGGCAUCAUCGCCAUCUUCAAGGCAGUGCAGGUGCGCACAGCCUUGGCCCGCGGAGACAUGGUGUCGGCGGAGAUCGCAUCACGCGAGGCCCGGAACUUCUCCUUCAUCUCUCUGGCGGUGGGCAUCGCAGCCAUGGUGCUCUGUACCAUCCUCACCGUGGUCAUAAUCAUCGCUGCGCAACACCACGAGAACUACUGGGAUCCAUAG